AUGUCAGAUGUCAAAAAGUAUCUUGCAAAGUAUGUUCCUCAAGGGACUCUCAUCUAUUCAGUACCUAGCACCAAUACUGAAACAUCACUCUUAAUGAAUAUGAUGGAUCAAGUUGAAGAUUUUGCUUCCAAAGUUCAAGAAUUACAAAAUCUUUACAAUUUCAAGAAUUAUCAUUUGAUUUGCCAUUCACAAGGUGGAUUGAUUUGUAGAUCAUUUAUUCAAUUAUAUCCUAAUCAUGGAGUUAAGGUAUUUAUCAGUUUAUCUGGUGUUCAAAAUGGUCAAUUUGGAAUUCCUGGAAUUUUGAGCUGGGAACAAGAAUGGAAAAAGAACUUUCCAUUUCUUUGGAAUUUAACAAAAGAGGAAGCAUUCCAUUUCUUUUAUACAGAUUUCUUUCAAAAGACCAUGUCAGUUGCCGGUUAUUGGAAAGAUCCAUUCCACUAUGAUGAAUAUAGACAAAACAGUCAAUUUCUAGCAGUUGUGAAUAAUGAUUCCUUAAUUCAUGACUAUGCCAGUAAAUAUCAAUUCCGUUCCAAUUUCCUUCAAAUUGACAAGAUGGUUUUGACAACAAGUCCAGAUGAUGAAGUUAUCAAACCUUACUACUCUGCAUUAUUUGGAUUUUACGCAUUGAAUAAUCAAAAUCAAUUAGCACAAUCACUCAUGCCAGAUCAACAAAUUUAUAAGAACGAUGUUUUUGGAUUAAAGACAUUGGAUUCUCAGAAAAGAUUGAUCGUUCAUGUUGUUCCCGGUAUUAAUCACAUGUUAUGGAUUGAAAGUGAACAAUUGGUAGUUCAGUACAUGUUACCUUAUCUGUAUUAA